GUGAAAAUGUCCUUCAUGUUCGUGAUGCUGACACUCAGGACAAAAUACUGCAAGCCCUGCAACUGCAGUUUGGGAAACAGUAUCCUUGUUCAAAAAUAUACGGAGAUGGGAGUGCUGUUCCAAGAAUCUUAAAGUUCCUUAAGUCCAUCGACCUCCAAGAGCCCCUGCAGAAGAAGUUCUGCUUUCCUCCUGUAAAGGAAAACAUUUCCCAAGACAUUGACCAUAUCCUAGAAACCCAAAGUGCGCUAGCGGUGGAUCUUGGUGGAACAAACCUUCGGGUAGCAAUUGUCAGCAUGAAGGGUGAAAUAGUUAAGAAAUACACACAGCUCAACCCCAAAACCUAUGAGGACAGAAUAGAACUGAUCCUUCAGAUGUGUGUAGAGGCUGCCUCAGAAGCAGUAAAUCUGAAUUGCAGAAUUCUGGGUGUGGGCAUUUCUACAGGCGGGCGGGUAAAUCCCCGAGAAGGUGUUGUACUUCAUUCCACAAAACUUAUUCAGGAGUGGAACUCUGUUGAUCUACGGACGCCAAUAUCAGACGCGCUGCAUUUACCAGUGUGGGUGGACAAUGACGGCAACUGUGCGGCUCUAGCAGAGAGAAAAUUUGGGCAUGGGAAAGGAGUGGAAAACUUUGUAACCCUCAUCACUGGAACAGGUAUUGGUGGUGGAAUCAUUCAUCAGAACGAGUUGAUCCAUGGUAGUUCUUUUUGUGCUGCUGAGCUUGGGCACAUUGUGGUAGCUCUAGAUGGACCGGAGUGCCUGUGUGGGAGCCAUGGAUGUAUAGAAGCGUAUGCUUCGGGAAUUGCCUUACAGAGAGAAGCUAAGAAAUUGCAUGAUGCGGAUUUAUUGUUAGUGGGAGGGAUGUCAGUAAAGAAGGAAGAAACAGUCACUGCUGCACAUCUGAUUCAAGCAGCUAAACUGGGAAACCCAAAAGCUGACAAUAUUGUUAGAACAGCAGGAACAGCUCUGGGCCUUGGCGUUGUGAAUAUCCUGCACACUAUUAACCCUUCCCUUGUGAUACUUUCCGGUGUCCUGGCAAGUCACUAUGUCAGCAUUGUCAAAGAUGUGAUCCGUCAGCGGGCUUUGUUCUCUGCACAGAUGGUGGAUGUGGUUGUCUCAGACCUGACAGAUCCUGCCUUGCUUGGAGCUGCUAGCAUGGUUUUAGAUUAUACAACACGCAGGAUAUACUAAAUAUACGGCAAAGUAGAAAUGGUUACAAAUUUCUUGUUGGUAUUUUAGGUAGAUCUACAGAUCCUUUGGAACCUCUUUACCCUAAAUAUGCUGUUGCUCAUUUUUUUAAAAUGUUGUCCUAUUUGUAUGCUGGAAAGCCACAAGACACUAGAAAGGUGCCUCACAGGAAGACAAACUUAAAACUAAGGGGUUUGAUAUAGCAGCUGUCUAAAAAUAAAGAUGAAAUAUCUACAUUUUCUUACUUAUCCUUCUGUGGAUUUUGCUGCUGGUUUAGCUGAUAUAUAAGGCCUUUGAUGGAGGACUAUUGAUGAACAGAGUCUUUCUCUAGAGAUAUAUGUAACUAUUGUUGCUGCUGCCGAGACAAAAAUGGGUACCUAGAUUUUGUACUUGAUGAAGGGGAUUACAGCCUUCUAAUUGCUGAAGGUCUCGUGAUGUGUAAUGCUGAUCCAUGUAUUUAUUUGUUAAAUUAAUAUUAAAAAUCGUUUUUGGGUCAAAGAGUUCAGUGACGUAUGACAGCAUACACCUCACAUUAGAAUGAAGAGGAGGAUCAAAAUACUUGCUGUUCUCAUUCACUUGUGGUUCUGCUUUUAAAUGCAACCCACUUCCUACGGAGAUCAAGGACACUUCCUGUUCUUGGUUUCAUUUAAUCUUUCACUUGCUUUUUAGGGGGCCAUACUGUCAGUUUCAAACACCAUGUGUGUCCUAGGCGCCUUAGGCUUCUUGAUCCAGAUUGCUAGGCAUUGGGCUGGAAAGACAGGUCCUCCCACUUCUGUUUGAUAUGCAAAUAUCUGCUUUGUGUUUACUGUUGAAAUAAAUCUGAUAUAAUGGACAAAAUCCUACUGCAUAAAGUUAAACUGGUAUAAACUGGAUCGGGUGCUGGAAGCAAUUAGUUUAAAUUUUUGAUUUAAAUCAGUCCAGAUCUGAGCAAUGGCAAACCAGCAGUGAUUUUUUUUCCUGUUAACGUUCUCCUAUGCUGAGGCUCCCCAAGGCUUUCCCAGGGCAAAAGAGAGUCCUACAGAGCCUUGAAACCUGACAGCAAGGAAUAGGAACCUUCCAAUUUAUUUGAAUUAUUUUUGGCACCGGUUCUGGU